GCGAUUCGCUCGGUAAAUGAUAAUUAAUUUAUUCCUUUCAUUGCACUGAUAAUAAAUUUAGAGUGUGGAAGGCUGUAACAAUGUUCACCCAAGACGGCAAUCCAACAUCGGACGACCUUGAGCAAUUCGCAAAGGAAUUUAAACAACGAAGAAUCAAACUUCGUUUCUCGCAGACCGAGGUGGGUCUAGCGCUUGGAUCCCUCUACGGCAAUGUGUUUAGCCAGACUACAAUCUGCCGCUUCGAGGCCUUGCAGCUGAGUUUCAAAAACAUGUGUAAGCUUAAGCCUCUGUUGAUGAGGUGGCUUGAAGAAGCAGAUACUGAAAGGCCUUUUAAUAGCGAGAUCGAGAAGUUGGAAGCUAGGCGAAAACGAAAGAAGAGGACAUCGAUUGAGGUUUCUGUCAAAAGUGUCUUGGAGAACGAGUUUUGCGCAAACCCGAAACCAUCUGCUGUUGAAAUAGGCAUUCUGGCCACAAAUCUCGGCAUCGAUAAAGAGGUUAUUCGAGUGUGGUUUUGCAACAGACGACAGAAAGAGAAAAGAUUAACUUCAGAAGAAACCAAGGAACACGGAAAUCACUGCGACAGUGGACAAUUUACGGAGGGAGCAAUGCAUGUGAUGAUAUGACAUCUUUAGCGUAAUUGCUGGUGCUUAAUCGCACAUCUGGGACGCAUUUUUUUCUUAGUCCUAAGUUUUUAUAAGUGCUGUCGGUGUGUUUUAAAUAGCACAGUCCUCCUUUGUUCCUUUUUACACCUAAUCCAGCUAACUUUCACUUUAAACUUGUAAAAAUAUUAAAACAAUAAUUAAAAAAAAAAAACAACAAGUAAAUAGCACUACAUAUUGUCACAGUAUGAGAAGAUGUGUAUCUCUGUUGUGUUUGUACGGAAAAGCAAGAGUGAUAUGUACUUGAUGUUUUAGACUGGAUGACCGUUCGCCAUUUUAAUAAUAAGCAUAUUUCAGUAAUCAAGACGAGGGUUUCUUUUCGAUUUCAGUUCUAUACGUCAACGAAUCGGCUUAGGGGACAGCUCAGGACGAAAUCUCAACAUGUAUAAUUUAAAAAGAGACGAAGAGGUAAAUUUUUGGUUGGAAUGAAAUAAUUACUAAGUAGCACAGUCAAAAAUCGUUCUGCUCAGGAAACUGUAGCGCAUCGUCGGCACCGUGGUUGACACCCAAGAACUAGUUCGAAUCGGACCACGUGCAAAAAAAAUGCUACUACAGACAUA